AUGACUUCAGAAGUUAACUGCGAAAAAAAUUUACAAACAAAUUACGAAUUCAAGUCUACACCUAGUUCGUCCACUGAAAUCAUAAACACGGAGUCGUUACCGAUUCCAUAUGUACUUAUUGACAAUCGAUUUCUGAAUACGAAUGCUUUUUUAGAGGACGACGAACUACCCAGCGAGGAUUUGGCUAUUCGUAAGAUCGUUGAAUCUUCUCCAUUUAAACGAAGAAAAAUAACGAAAGGAAAAACGACUCGCGUAAUCGAUUUAAGUGGUCAAGAAUUUUGUAAGGACGAGAGUCUUAAGAUUCCUGGUGAGCCGGUACUUGCCUGUGUAAAUAAGAAAUAUUACCCUGCACAAAUUAUAUGCUACACCGAGCCAGACAAAUAUAGGGUUAGGCUUUGUUAUGGGUGGUUGAGAUGGAUUUCUAGGAAGGAAUUCUACACGAGAUACGAAGAAGAAUUUCAAACAUGUCAGUUGGGUGCAAUUCAUAUGGAGGAUGAUGAAGAUCAGAAUCAUAAUGAUCCUGAACUUAUUAAGAAAGUUCAUAACCUCGAGGGCAAGUUAUAUCAGGUUUUGAUUGGCAUGGAUGAAUCAGCAUGGAGAUAUAAGCAUUUUGUCGAAGGAGGAAAGAAACGACGGCUACUUGCUCAUAAAGUAUCAGCUGGUCCGUACAACAAAAGUGAGUACACUAUGGUUGCGAGGGUUUUGAGAGGUAUGUUUGUUCCAAAGGUUGCAGAAUCAAUCGAUCGAAACAAUGUGAUCUCCUCGCCCAAGAAGAACAGGGAAGUCAAAAUAUUUCUACAAAAUGAUGGAACACAACCAGCAUUUUAUAGGUAUUCAGAGGAAUUAAAACUUCGAUUCGUUAAUGACGUUUUGCUUCCUGAAGCCAUAAUAAGAUUAAUUAUGGAAAAAGAAGAAAUUAAUUAUGAGGCAGCGGAGGAUAAGAUGCUGACGGGAAAUAGUGAGGAGGAAUGGGUGGAGGAUCUCCUGGCCGAAAGAACUAGUUUUCAGGUUGGUAGAGAAAGUUUACGUGAAAAAGCAUAA